AUGCAGUGCAAUGUCGGCAAACCCGAGGACAGGCACAACUUGAUCGAUCAGACUGUUGCAAAAUGGGGCGGAGUGGACAUUUGCGUGCAGACCGCUGGCGUGAACCCGGCCACAGGCUGGCUGCUUGACUGUUCGGAGGCAGUGUGGGACAAGCUCUUCGACAUUAAUGUGAAGAGCACGUGGGCGAUCACGAAACUCGUCGCGCCGUACAUGCAGAAGAAGAAGAACGGCUGCAUCAUCUAUGUCCCCAGUUUGGGCGUCUAUGGACAAAUCGUGCCAGACGGGGCGCUGAGCGGCUACAUCGUCAGCAAGACUUGCCUGCUCUCCUUGUGUAAAAUGGCCGCUCAGCAACUCGCUCCUGACAACGUGCGGGUGAAUACCAUCAUACCUGGAGCCAUCAAGACCCGCUUCGCUGAAGUGUUGUCGAGGGAAGACGUUGCAAGCUAUCUGAUGGCUCUAUGUCCCCUAGGGAGGUUCGGUGAGCCUGACGAUGUCGCCGGCAUGGCCGCCUUCCUAGCCUCGGCCGACGCCUCCUACGUGACCGGCGAAAACUUCGUGGUUGCCGGCGGUAUGCCGUCCAGACUCUAGUCGAGUUUCUUUGCUCGUCCAAUAUUUCGGCGAAAUUUUCAUCAUAAUAAGAACUCAAUCAAAAGCCUUCGGCACUGUCUCACUGCAGCGCCAACAGUGAAUCAUUUGACCAGUUGUUGGCCCACAUUUCCAAAACAUUAACACUCUUCUCCUGGGGUUCCGGAAAGGGCACUAAUAAUAAGCACUGAUCUGAAUUUUUUUAAAUAUAUUAUAACUAGAAAUUGAAAUUGGAAUUUGAAGUAAGAAUGUUACAAACAAUCUAUACCACACACUCAUGAAUUGAUACGAGUAUAACUGAAUUUGGGCUUCAAUCCUUUAUUAUUUGUUUAAAAUAAUCUCACCGGCGUUAAAAACUCACAGUAAAACUCGCAGGCAUUGAACUAUGUACCAUUAAUGUGAAGUGAAAUCCUAUUAUGAUGGUCGCCUUGACUUACUUGGAGUUCAUUUGAAUUGCGAUGUAUUUGUGGGAUUGUCUUUACUUGGGACGCGUUCACUUAUUUGUGAUAUAGCCAUUAAUGUAUAAUAUUUUGACUGAAGAAAUUCUUGCAACGAGUUUAAAUAAAUCUACAAUCUACGAGCGCAAUCUACAUGACUUGAUUAUCAUGCGCGCUUAAUGUUGAAUGACGUUAUUCUUAGGGAUAGAAAUAGCCGUUAAGUUUGCUGCCCACACGAAAACCGGACAUUUGUGAACUAGUAAAACUCUUCUGUGUACAUGUUUAUCAAUUGUAUACAGAACAUUUUAUUAAUUUAGCUACACCGUCUAUUGAUUAUUGGAACUCUGUCUUGAGAAUAUAUUUCAUCUUGAAUAAAAAGCGCAUUUUUUCCUCAAAUUUUUGUUCAUUUUCUUGUUUAGAAAAGCAGGUCCGCAUAAUUUAAUUCGUUUUACCUGAGAACUUGAAUCAAGUGACUUUAAUCUUUGCGAGAAGUUAAUCGGAAAUAUCUUUUAUUUUUCUUUUCUAAAUAUAUUCUUGAUUAUAUAGCACUGCAUCCAUCAAGCUUUUCCUCGAACCAUCGGGGUAACCACAUUACCAAGAAGAAGUAGAGAAAGAAAGCCACUGGCCGUAUAUAUAUAUAAUCACUUUAAAAUAUAUACCACCUUUUAAAACUACAUUCAUAACCAAAGCUACAAUUUAGCUGUUGUCGGACAGCAAAAAAAAAUAUAACUCAGUACUCACCGCAGUGUGUGACAGAGA